UUUUAAUAUAUUUUUGUUGGUUUUCUAAAAAAAUGAACCUGAUAAAAUUGACUUCAAUGAAUGAUGUGAAAACAUAACAUAGAAAGAAAAUCAAAAUACAAAUCCGUGAUCUCCAUCUUCUUCUGUAACUUUCAACAACCAAUCUAACCUGUUCAAAAAAACCCUAAUCCUCUUUUCAUUGCUCACUUUCUUUAUCAUCCUUUUUCUCAAAAAUUGAACAUUCAAUCAGUUAGAAUCAACAAUUCUAGAACAAGAUUUUGGAAUUUCUGAUCUGUUUUUUCGAUUUUCCAUUUUUUUUAUUUCAAUUUUUUUAUGUUUUUAUCUAUUACUCGAUCUUCAACGACCCAUUAACGCAAAUAGUAUCAAAAUCCAAACUUUAACCAAACCCAGUUCUCAAAAUCCUUGCUUUCGUUAUUUCAUAUGCCCCAAAAGCAGUUAUGGGAGCUGAGAAAAAAUGGCUUUUCACGCUAUUCACUGCAGCGGUUUUAUCUCUGAUGUUACUGUUAAUGUCAUCUUUUUCAACCUUCAGUUCACAAAAGCCUUUUCCUUCCAUUGUUCAACAUGGUUCUCAUUACCCUCCUGCUUUUGCUUACUUUAUCUCUGGUGGGCAUGGUGAUAAAGACCGGAUCUUUCGUUUGUUGUUGGCAGUUUACCAUCCGAGGAACCGUUACUUGCUUCAUCUUGGAAUGGAUGCUAGGCAAGAAGAGAGACAGGAUUUGGCUGAUGAUGUUGGUUCGGUUCCCGCGAUUCGGGCUUUCGGGAAUGUUGAUGUUGUUGGUAAGGCUGAUUGGAUUACAUACUUGGGAUCUUCUAAUGUUGCUAUUGCUCUACGUGCUGCUGCCAUUAUGCUUAAAUUGGAUAGUGGGUGGAGUUGGUUUAUUACUUUGAGUGCUCGUGAUUAUCCUCUUAUUACACAGGAUGAUCUAUCCCACGUAUUCUCCUCCGUAAGUAGAGACCUCAAUUUCAUAGAUCACACCAGUGACCUUGGAUGGAAAGAGAGUGAUAGAUUCCAACCUAUUGUAGUUGACCCGGGAACAUAUUUAGCUAGGAGAAGUCAAAUAUUUCAAGCUACAGAGAAGAGGACAACACCCGAUGCAUUCAAACUCUUCACUGGUUCACCGUGGGUCACCUUGAGCCGACCUUUUCUAGAGUUCUGCAUUUUUGGUUGGGAUAAUUUACCACGAACGCUACUGAUGUAUUUUACGAAUGUUAAGUUAUCUCAAGAAGGCUACUUUCACUCGGUCAUUUGCAACGCACCGGAAUUUAAGAAUACGACAGUAAAUGGCGACUUACGAUACAUGAUAUGGGACAAUCCUCCGAAGAUGGAACCUCUCUUCCUUAAUACAUCGGUUUAUGAUAUGAUGGCAGAAAGCGGAGCAGCUUUUGCAAGACAGUUCGAGGCCAAUAACCCUGUGCUGGAUUUGAUAGACAAAAAAAUUCUGCGACGCGGUCGGAAUCGAGCCGCCCCAGGGGCAUGGUGCUCAGGACGGGGAAGCUGGUGGGUGGAUCCAUGUUCCCAGUGGGGCGAUGUCGAUAUUCUGAAGCCAGGUCCUCAGGCUAAGAAGCUAGAGGCGUCUGUUUCUAGUCUUCUUGAUGACUGGACGUCACAGACGAAUCAGUGCCAGUAAUCAUAUAAUAGACACUAAGAAUAGAAACCAUUGUAGGAAGCUGUGCGGGUCUAUCUUAUCGCACUGACCAGUAGAAGUUGCCAUUUUAUUUUUGAAGGAAGAAAAAGAAAACACAUUCUUCGGUUGCGAAAGGGUAAUAUCAAUCUUGAAAAAGGAUGGACUCUGUGCAUAAGAAAUCAAGAGUUGAGAGACGGAAAGAGGAAAUGCGUUUUGGCUGGGAUUUUUUGGAGGCUUUGAUAUUUAUGGUGGAUCCUCCGAUGAUCUUCUUGCUUUCUAUUGAUAAUGUUGUAUGUUCUAUAAUGUUUUCUCAUCUCGACGAUUCGAGCAGGAUAGCAGCUAGCUUAUUCUUUUUGGAUUAUGAAUAUGAUUGUCAUUUUCCAGUCUCUAAUCCAUAUAUUUCCAUUA